GCUGGAUGGUGCUGAUAGGAGCCAAUUGCAGCGCCAGGCAGUGACGUUUGACGUAAAUAUUUCAAAUAUAAUUAGCAAAAUGUCGUCGUCCGAUGAAGAUGUGAUUCACGACAAUAUCAUAACGAAACGAAAAAAGGGUGUUAAAAGUGUUGUUUAUAACUGCGAAGUUAUAAAAAAAGCAAGGGUGAAAGGCGAGGCAUAUACAAACUACAAAAGAAAUGCAGUAAAUGCUCGAGUCCAAGGUCAAAACUGUGGGUAAGUUAUAUGAAUUUUUAACCUCACUUCUGCAAGAAAUUAAUUGGUUUCAUAGUGACGACUACACGGUGUUAAAUUUUUAGGCGUAGGGCAAAAUGUUUUUCAAAAAUACCCGAAGGUGAUCGUGCUGAAAUCUUCAAUAAGUUUUAUGAUUUUACUACAAAAAAUAAACAGGAUGCGUAUCUCCAGGCUUUGAUAGAAUGUACUCCAGUGACAAGAAAACGUCCACGAGUAAAUCCAGAGGGUACGAAACCUAAAUCGCAUACUUUCAAAUACAAUGUAUCUUCUAGUUCUGGUAAGUUUACCGUAUGCAAAGCGACAUUUAUCAGUAUACAUGGCAUGCAUAACCACUGAUCGUGUCCUGCGUUUGUCCAAUCUACUUUCUUUGGGAAAAUCUCUUAGAGACAAACGAGGAAAACAAACUUCUGGAAAUGCCAUACCAGGAGAAGUCAUAAGAUUGAUAGAGGAUCACAUUAGAUCUUUUCCAAUCAAGCAUGCUCAUUACACUAACAGGGAUUACCAAUAUUUAAGUGAAAAACUGGACAUCAAGAAGAUGCAUCAACUUCUGCUUGAAAAAUACCCACAAUGUUCUGUAAAGUAUAGUUUUUAUAGACGAAUUUUUAGAGAAAAAUUUAGUUUAUCUUUUGGAAGGCCCUAAGUGGAUACAUGUUGCACGUGCAAAGAACUUUCCAACAAGAUUAACUCAAAGUGUUUAAACGAUUUUGCACAAUUGCUGUUGCUGAAAAGAUGGUCCAUCAAAGAAGAGUGAAUAACUUUUUCACGAAAAUGGAGUCAAUUCAAGAGUUAUGCCGAAACGAUCCAUCGGUUGGAGGGAUAUGUAUUGAAUACAUGCAAAAUCUCUCUCUUUUCCUUCAGUUCCUGUUCAGGGUACAUUUUACCUACACCAUCUGACAAUAAACGUCUUUAAUAUCCAUAACUUGAAAACUGGUGAGUCGUUCUUCUACAUCUAUCAUGAAGGUUUGGGCAAGAAAUGACCCAACGAGGUUUGUUCUUUUGUCAUGGCGAGAAAUUCUAAAACUGUUAAACAUCUUUAUAUUUUUCCGACGGAUGUCGCGAACAAAAUAAGAAUCACUGCGUUAUGUGUAGGGCGCUAGUAGAUCUUGGACGUUUUAUGACUGUUA